AUGGUGUCGGUUCGUCGAGUGGCAUCGUCCAAUACACUGCGAUCACGUCGCAAGAGUUUCUGCCGGAACAAUGAACGAUUGGUGCGAGGCUUGGAGAUUGCCUUGUUGGUGUUUCUAGGGGUUCUGUCGAUCAAGCAGUUUGCUCUGUUGAUUUCCAGCAGCACCUUUGCAAGUCGUCGCAACAGUAGUACCACCAACGAUGCCAUUUUGCCACGGUCAUCAGAUUCUACGAGCACGCCGAGCAUGAGCAUCCACAUGAGCAACCUCUCUUCCUCAUCAGCCUCCUCACCAGCAUCAAACACUCCUUUGGACUCUGUGGGUCAUCCACAAGACACAUCUUCAUCAUCUAGUAGUAUGGUGACAGUCCUACUGGAUCGUCUGCGGACGUCUCGACACACACUGGAAAGUGACCUGCAGAAACUGUACGGCCCUCACUACCAAGAUCUCUUUGAACCCUUUGACGCACAAGCCAAACAACGGGUCGGAAUUGGUCAUCACUUUCUCUACAAGUCACCUACGCAACUGUCGACGGAUGAUCAAGGAUUCCAUCGUCCCACCAAUUCGACUACUAGCAGUAGUAGUACUGGUUGGAACCGCCUAGUGCGCAAACUCCAAAUCAAACUCCUCCACGUGCUGCUCCAGCAAGACGAACGACGGCACUUACAGCAAAGUCAACAACAACCACCACAAAGCAGAAUUACCUUUUCCUGGGUCACCACCGGCAAUGGCCAAGCCAGUGGAUCGGGCAAUCUGUUUCACGAGUCGUAUACAUCCGUCUUACAAUCGGCACUCGCGCCCAUUUGGCAGAGUGUCGGCAUGCACUUUCGUGCUCGCAAUCAUGCCAUUUCCAGGCUCUCGUCGGGGGAUGAAUAUGCCCUCUGUUUGCCACAACUCAUUGGCAUUGACACUCAAAAGCAGGAUGUGGUCUUUUGGGAUUUUGAAAUGACCGACGAAAAGGAUUUUUGGAAACUGGCAUUGUUUUCGCAUCGCAUGGCGCACAUACAACAAAGUGAAAUGCCCGCCUUGGUGGCGUAUCAUCGACUGAAGGAGCAUACAUCUCUGUUGGCCCAACUGGAACGCAAGGGCAUGGCCGUGUUGGGCAGAGAUGUGACGGUCCAACAGACACGACAACACGCUGCCAUUCCCGAUUCGACCAAAUUGGGGAAUCGAGCACUCCUGUCGGAUCAUUUGAAAUAUUUGCGAUGUGGCAAAGAAUUGGAAGAUGGAGGACCUCAAGUCACCAAACCGGGUGGAGCUGGAGUGCGCAAAAAGCUGUGUCGACUGUACAAGUUCAAUACGGAUGUCUGUCCGGAUCGACCCCACAAGUAUAUAUGGCAUCCCGGAUGGAAAUUCAAUGCCCUCAAAGGAUAUACACUGGCAUUGACCAUGGUGGAACUACUGCAACAGGCACUGGAACAGUUGGCACAACAUAAUCAACAACAACAGACACACAUGUCCAACAAUGAUGAUUGGAUGCAACAACACUUGAAACAACUGCAACAAGAGGAACUAGCCGAUGCCGCACUGUUUCGGGCACCCACCAACAUUCCCACGGGAGUCUCCUCCAAAUGGUUUCAUCAAGAAGCGGAACAACAACAAGUCGACGGAUUUCUCAACACACUCUUUCGACAACCCGCCAUGUGUCGCACCGCUCUAUUGCCAUCUUACAGUCGAUUUCUAGACAACAAGAACAAGAACAUGACAUUAGCACUAGUCAAAAAGAAAAAGAAGAACAUGGUCACCACACCCUACGGAGAUGUCUACGAACAGGGAGUCCUCUUUUCCAAAAUCAAAAAGUACGAAACGGAUACCACCAAUCAACAAAAUCAACAACAAACUGGUGGAUACCGCUAUGCCGAACUGGAACGAGCCAAUGACAUGGUGCUCGUCACGGAGAAAGCAGAUAACUAUGAUUGCCCUCAAGCACCACUGGCAAUCGAUCAUCAAGAUGCAUUCAUGGUCACCAGUGCCAUGGGAUGGAGAUCCCUCACCAUACCAGCGCCUACUACUACGACUAAUGACAACAACAAUGACAAUAAGGGCUGGCUUUUCAUGUGCCUCUCGGUCUGUGACAAUUCCAAAUGCCCAACGAAUGACUUGCACGAUCGAGUCUGUCAAAAACCCUUCAAAAAGGAGGAGAAUCCCACUGCCAUGCUGCGGCAAUAUGGUACCGUGGAAUUCCAAGUCAAUGGGAUUCCCGUCGUCGAUACAUCUCCUCUCAUCCACAACAAGUACUCGCAUUUGGACAAUUGUCGAGCGCUACACAACAAUGGGACUGCCUACAAUUAUUGGCAACCCGACGCGACUGGAUCCUACACGCUGUCAGCACGCAUCACUGGAGCUUCCAAGUGGUCCUAUCUCAAGAUUAGUUCCGUCAUUGCCAUGUGA